GCGCUAUUUGCAUAGAAAAAGUGGCCAUACAGUAAAUUUUAUUUUUAUCGAAAGCAUAACAUGUUUGUGUCUUCAGUAGAAGUGGGCGUGGUCGAUCCAGGACCAUGUGUUUUGGAAGGCCGAGCUGAACGAGAGUACGCGGGAUAUCGAUAGGCUCGGCCACGCGAAUUACGUGAAACAGCAUCGUCCAGCGCCCCUGGGCCUCCCAGGCUAGGCUGAUGCAGCUCAGUGCAGCGCAGGCGAUAUCUAGCUAGCUCAACAGCCACGGUACGGGAGAUGAAAAUGGCCGGGUCAAGAAUGAACAAGCGAUUCUGCCUCAUAGGAAUUACUUUAUUACUCGCCACAUGUUAUGGAUGGAUUCGGCUUUUGCUUCUUACCUUUUCAUACGAUACCCUUCCUCGCAAAGCAGCACAUCCUGUAAGAUUUUCUCUCAAAUUGCCUCAAGAAUCGGAAUGGUAUGAAGCACAAUGCUUUGGAAAGAUUGAUGAGAAAUUGAGUAUUUCAACUCUAGAAGAUACCAUAGGGAGAUGGCAAAUCGCUCUGCAUCCUGACUGUGUAAAGGCCUUCCAUAAAUUCACCACUAUGUACAGUAUCAGUAGGAGGUCAGGUCAUGUUGUGAUUCCUGAGACAUUCCAGACCAAGGUCUUGAAGUGGUUAGGCAAUGACGAGGAGCUUCUCAAGGAAGUCAAGCUUCAGUACAUUACAACUAUCUUCAAUCGAUACACCCAUGAGAGUUCUGUCUUCAACCCUCUGCGUGCCAAGAGACCUGGAGUUUCUGAUCCUGGGGAAGAUUUAGACCGUUACAUUGAAGAACUAAUUGGCAGCACUCAGAACUGUGAUUUCUGUGAUUUCAAAUUUAAGACGGCUGAAGACACAUUUGGUCGCAUUGAAUCUGAGCAUGCAGUAACCGCUUCCAAUACCUUCAAGUACGAUGCAUACCACGCUCUCAUUAUACUCAAGAACCAUCACCCUUUCAAGUUCUCUGAGGAACAGUUCCUUGACAUGUUUGAUGUUGCCAUGAAAUGGUUUUUGAAGGUUCACUCAACUGAUAAGCAGUAUGAAUACCCACAGCUCAUGUGGGAUACUCUACCUAAAGCCAGUGCCAGCCAGAUACAUCCCCAUGCUCAGGCCAGUGUUAGCUCAGAGAGACAUUAUGGUAAAGAUUCAUUUUCACCAAAAUCACAUAAAGGUGUAUGGUGUGACCUAUGUAAUUCAUUUUAUACCUGGGCCCCGUCUUACAAAGAGUUACGAUUGAUCUGA